AUGCAGAACAAUUUAAUAACCGGAAGUCUCACAACUUAUUUUUUGCUCCUCGUAACAUGCCUAGCACAGACCAGACUUGCAAAGAUGAUACUGUUACGCCCUCUAUGUGAUAGUCGCGUAAUGGACCGAUAUAUCAGGGAAGCUAAAGACCUAUUGAAGGCAUCGUGUAACCAAAGAUUUCAAUUUCCUAAUGCAAUUCCUCUUCCAAGUACUGGUCUUAAUCUGCGAGCAUGGAGGUCCAAAAGUAAACAUAUGAAAAAUGAAGAAAUCAAGGCAGGCCUAAUCAUGCUUUCUAAUGCAACACGGACAGCAAAACAUUUUAUCACGAAUAAUUCUACAGAACCUCUCUUAGAUAAGAUUUACAGGAAUACUAGAACUUUCAUCCACAUACUACAACUGAUGGAUGUGCCGGACACAUCAAGUCAGGUUUAUGAACAUACAAAGCCAUUAAUGGGAAGAACUGUACAGAACGUAUUAUACACAUACACCCGCCUGAUGUGUGGAAAGAUCAAUAUGUUUUACCGGGAAGUGGCAGAAGAAUAUUGCAAACAAAGAAGAAGGUGACAACAACCAGAUUCCUGCAUGUGCGUGUUCUGCACUUUGUGGAGUUCAGCACUGAAACUUUGAGGGUGCCAACAACCAACAACCAGAUUCCUUCAUGUGUAUAUUAUGCACUUUGUGGAGUUCAGCACUGAAACUUUGACUAUUGUGUGCAAUUCAAGAGGAAGAAAAUGCAAGUUCUGAAUUUAGGAGAAGUUGCCAAAUGCAUGUUGCAAUGCCAACAAAUUCCAAGGCCUCACUUGGAUGCACGAGUUUGUGGCUAUAAUACAAAACAUGGAGACUAUUUUACCCAAUUUACUUUGACAGUUUUCUAUUCAUUUUUAUAGUUUGUAACCCUAAUAACUUGUUACUGUCAUUUUUUUUUUUUGCAGAGUAAGUGAA